UUACGGUGCGGCAUUUUCAGUAUGCUCGUAACGUGGAGUUGUUUAUUACUAUUCUCUUGAGUUGACAGACCAACGUUUUACCCUUUAACAGACAGCAGCUUGUUUAAAAUUUGACAGAGUGUCCGCGGAAGGAUAUGGGGAAACCAAAGAAAAAGAGUGACAUCAGCCGAGCUGAGCUGAUGAUGAUGACCAUCGCCGACGUCAUCAAGCAGCUGGUUGAAGCGCACGAGCAGGGCAAAGACAUCAACCUCAACAAAGUGAAGACGAAGACCUCAGCGAAGUACGGACUCGAAGCCCAGCCACGGCUGGUUGACAUCAUCGCGGCUGUUCCGCCACAGUACCGCCGGGUUCUGGUGCCCAAGCUGAAAGCCAAACCCAUCCGAACCGCCAGCGGGAUUGCGGUUGUGGCUGUGAUGUGCAAACCGCAUAGGUGUCCUCACAUCAGCUUUACAGGAAACAUCUGUGUCUACUGUCCAGGUGGACCGGACUCUGAUUUCGAAUACUCCACACAAUCGUACACCGGCUACGAGCCAACGUCCAUGAGGGCGAUCCGAGCUCGCUAUGACCCCUUUCUACAGACCAGACAUCGAGUGGAGCAGCUGAAGCAGCUGGGCCACAGUGUGGACAAGGUGGAGUUCAUCGUGAUGGGGGGCACCUUCAUGGCCCUGCCUGAGGAGUACAGAGACUACUUCAUCAGGAACCUCCAUGACGCCCUGUCAGGUCACACCUCCAACAAUGUGGCGGAGGCCGUCAGGUACUCGGAGCGCAGCAACACCAAGUGCGUGGGAAUCACCAUAGAGACGCGGCCGGACUACUGCCUGAAGCGCCACCUCAGCGACAUGCUGAGCUACGGCUGCACCCGGCUGGAGAUCGGCGUGCAGAGUGUUUACGAAGAUGUGGCCAGAGACACCAACAGAGGCCACACAGUGCGAGCUGUGUGCGAGUCUUUCCAGCUGUCAAAGGAUGCUGGGUUUAAGGUCGUUGCACACAUGAUGCCAGACCUGCCCAAUAUUGGCAUGGAGAGGGACGUGGAGCAGUUUAUAGAGUUUUUUGAGAAUCCGGCAUUCAGGCCCGAUGGUCUGAAGCUCUACCCGACGCUGGUGAUCCGAGGCACGGGUCUGUACGAGCUGUGGAAGACGGGCCGCUACAAGAGCUACACGCCCAGCGCCCUGGUGGACCUGGUGGCCCGCAUUCUGGCCCUGGUGCCGCCCUGGACACGGGUGUACCGCGUCCAGAGGGACAUCCCCAUGCCACUGGUGAGCUCCGGCGUGGAGCACGGCAACCUGAGGGAGCUAGCUCUGGCUCGGAUGAAGGACAUGGGCACUGAGUGCCGAGACGUACGGACCCGAGAAGUUGGCAUUCAGGAAAUCCACCACAAAGUCAGGCCUUACCAGGUGGAGCUGGUCAGGAGGGACUACGUGGCUAACGGCGGCUGGGAGACCUUCCUGUCCUACGAGGACCCAGAGCAGGACAUCCUGAUCGGUCUCCUGCGCCUGCGCUGCUGCUCGCCCCAGUCCUUCCGACCCGAGCUGAAAGGAGGCGUGUCCAUCGUCCGCGAGCUGCACGUCUACGGCAGCGUGGUCCCAGUGAGCAGCCGCGACCCAAGCAAGUUCCAGCACCAGGGCUUCGGCAUGAUGCUGAUGGAGGAGGCUGAGAGAAUAGCCAGAGGGGAACACGGCUCGCACAAACUGGCUGUCAUCUCAGGUGUAGGAACCAGAAACUACUACAGGAAGAUGGGCUACGAGCUGGAGGGGCCGUACAUGGUGAAGCAGCUCUACGGUGCACGACUGGACUGACCUGCCGGUUUCCCUUAUCUGGAUGGUGCAAACAGAACCACAGACGCAUACAAAUUAUUAUGAUUUUUCUUUUGUUUUUUAAAUCAAAACAAUAGUCCUGGGAAACAAUUCCUGCAAUGUUUGCAGAGAAACUCUUCCAGCAGCACAGAAAGGAGAUAAUGCUGAGGUUGUUUCCACAGGCCAUUCAUCUCCCAUUAUCUGAAGCUGCUGCAUUCGCUCUGCUUUAUUUAGAUAAGGAGACGUGUGAAUAGACACGGGGGGGAAGUACAGCUAUUUGAGGGGGUGGGGAGGACGAAGCCAGCCUCGUUUGGUUGGAGACUCUUCACUCCAGAUGGUGGCGCUAACGCCUGGCGUUUCAACUGUUUGAAGGCCCCGACAUGCCUUUAAUGUAAAACAACAAACCUACAGAGGGGAGUUCUGAUUUCUGUUACGUGUUUGUCUGGGAUUAACGUCACGGUUCGAGUUAAUCGUGUUUCUGUUGCAAUCAUGUGAAAGGGAAACGGUUGGCUGCCGGGGGAUGGCUGGGAAAUCCUCACCGGCCAGCGGUUGUGUAAUUGAACAAUUUCAAAUUAUGGGGCAGGAAAUAAGUCUUAGCGUUACAUAAAUUGCUUUUUAAAGCCCUCUCCAUAAUCCUGUUUUGUUUUUUUUGGGGGGGGGGUUGUUUCGUCAUGCAUUCUGGAAACAUGGUAAGGAAACACUUUAAGGAAUAAAGUCUUUUACAGGUAAACUUGACUAAAAUAUCUUAAAUUCUUUUAAAAAUAUAAUUGGCUUUAAAUACUUUAUUCACAUAUCUUAAAUGUUGUUGUGGCAGACCUAUUUAAUCCAGAAUAUUCUAUAUAGUUUAAAGAAAUCCUCAAAACUUUUCUGUCAGUUAAAGGUUUUGAGUUGCGUGCAGAUGUUGCUACCAGUAACUAUGCUAACAAGCUCUUGCUACAUAGCAAGGGUACAAACCUGGCUAGCUUUUUUUACAUCUGUGAUGGGUAAGUGAAAAUUGAUUGCCGAUAGGCUGGACAACCGUCGUCUUUGCCAUUAGCUCACUUCAUACUUUUAGGUAUGAGGCUGGGAGCAUUCUGCCUGAAAAAGCUUCGCAUUACGGUGGCUAAGAGAGCAUCUCAAAAUAUGCUAUUUCCUUCUUUAAAUUCUUUAAAUUGACACCGGUCUUGAAUUUCGUCGUGGCAGAACUAUUUAAUCUCGAAUAUUCUAUAUAGUUUUUAAAAAAUUCUCGCGGAACUUUUCUGUCAGGCAAAAGCUUUUGUCGUGUUCAUUGUGUUUUGAGACGUUAGGCGGUUGCAGCUAUCAGUAAGUAGCUGCUUAUAUAUUUUUUUAAAGUAUAUAAAGAGCUACCAAUAACGACAGGUUUAAAACUACGUAGCUUCGUAGCUUUUUUGCCUCCGUCAUGGGUAAGGUAACUGAUUAGAAAAUGUCUCUUUCGCUAUGGUCUCUUCAAAACAAUAAUAAUUCUUUGUAUGUGAAGGAAUAUUCAAGAAUAUAUUGAAAUAUAACCAAAAUAUACCACACUUCAGGAGGAGACUGUGCUACACUGUUAGAAUUUGUACCCAGCAUUGUUAGAGUAAUGACGAUUAUUUCACAUCUUCUCGGCCUUAUAUUGGCUGACAUGUUCUGCAAGCAUGUCAAUAAAUGUAAUCAGUUCUGAUAUCAC